AUAACUCCCUCAGUCAUUGACGGUUGUUUCGCUUCGCCUGCAGAGAAGGAAGAAAGACGUCUCUGACUAACCAGCGGUGGUCUCUAUCGUACAGCAGCGCCACGAAUUUAGUGCAAUGUCAGAGAUCCAGGAUCCGAAAUCUGUACAGGACCUGACUGGGGUGGUCCAGACACUGCUGCAGCAGAUGCAGGAUAAAUUCCAGACCAUGUCAGACCAGAUCAUUGGAAGAAUCGAUGAGAUGAGUGGCCGCAUCGAUGACCUGGAGAAGAACAUUGGUGACCUGAUGACCCAGGCUGGGGUGGAGGAGAUGGAGGCAGAGAACAAGGUCAAGGAGGAACAGGGCUCUGCUUAAAGGUUGCCAAGUAACAGGAUGGUGGUGACUGAAAGGACAACAGACAGUUUUUCAAGAGUAUUGUGUAUAUAUGUUUUGUUUUUUAUUUAUUACAGUAUUUUGAUUUGCUGUGUAUGUAACAUGUUUUAUAUUUACAGUCAUAUUAACUCUUGUAAUAAUGUUGUCUUUACAUUUUUUUUACGUUUUUGAAUUAAGAUUUUACUUAACUUGAGAAACUAACCUGAAUAAUGGCUCACUCAGGUGACUCACUGGGCCAGUAACUGAUUAUGUCAACUAGCCAAUUGAACAUCAAGAAUAUUUCAACACAAAACAUUUACUGCUUUUCAAAUGUCCUAAAAUGUUGUGUGCGAAGAUUUCUUUACUUUCCGUCUUUUCACAAUAAACCAGGGCUUGCGUA